GCCAUUCUGCAGGGCCAGACCACUGAGCCACACAUACACAAAGACACACAAACAUUGUAGUUCUUGUGGACAUAAAACAAGCUGCAUCCAACUGAAAUGGAGAUCUCAAGUUUUCGGCAUCCUAACUCCCACACUGGAGAAGAGAAGUAUGAGAUGCUGGAGUUGAACAGGAGACUGGAGUCAUACCUGAACCAUGUGAAGUUACUGGAAGAGGAGAACCAGCUUCUCUGGGGGGAAAUCCAGGUCAUGCGAAGAAACCCAGACACUGCAGGCCAAAGGAAAGCUCAGGAGGAGGCACUCAGUCUGGCCAGAAAAGAGCUGCAGAAUGCCUGGAGAGAGAAGGAUCAUGUGGAGCUAGAGGUCAGCAUCCUGCUGGAGGAGAUUGAGGAGCUGAACAUACUGAGACAAAAAGAGAAGUCUGCACAGGCUGAGGCUAAGAGAAAACUUGAAGAAAGCAAGAAAGCACUGGAGGAUGAGAGGAGGAUGCAGAUCUGGCUGAGAGAACAAGCAACUCAUCUUGAAAAAGAGGUCUCUCUACAGGUGCAGGUUCAUCAAGAAGACCUGGCAGCCCUGAAGUCCUCAAGUGCGUUCUCAAAACCUGUGCUAAUGGCUCCUCAGCACAGCCAGACUCUCAACCUCCAGGGCUUGGGGGAAGAGUACUCGAAGAGAGCAGCCCAGGUCUGGCAUGAAGCAGCAGGCAUGUACCAGACACAGAUGAAGAAGCUAGAGGAGAGCCUGGACAAAACCAGGGCUCACAUGACACUGAUCAAACAAGAAAAGAAGGAGAGUCAGCUGCAGAUAAAAGAUUUGGCCAAAGAGCUGGAAAGUGCAAAGGCCAAGAGAGAACUGAUGGAGAAGAACAUGGUACAGCAGAGACAGAGGCAGAAUCAAGACCUUCAACAUCUUCAGGCUCAUGUGGAGGCCCUGGAGGCAGAGAAGCUGGAUCUCGGAGACCAGAUAAGUGAGCUGUUGGUAGAGAGUCGAAAUCUACUGCAGAUGAAGAUGUCUCUGAGCCUCGAGGUGGCCACUUACAGAACUUUGCUGGACAGGGAAAGCCUGAGAGUUAACGACCAAUCACCAAGUAAGAGGAAUAGGACGGUCUCAUUUUUAGAAGGAAUCACCAAGUCCCCUGGGUUUCCUCCAGGCACUCAGGCCAUCUCCUCCUGUCUGUUCAGCACUCCGUUGAAUACAACCUCCAGAUCAAUCACCCAUAAAGCCAACCUUAUGACUCCAACUCCUACAUGGAACCUGACACUAAGAACCCCACAUGAGACACUCAAGAGACCUCAAACCACUAAGGAAGAGGAAGACAUCGUAACAGUAGAGAAGCAAAAACUAGAAACAGCUACAACUAUAUCCAAAAAGCAUCUAACUGGAGCAGGCUCUCAUGAUCAUUAUAGUGCUGAGGAGGAAGCAAGCUCUAUUGCUUCUGUUUCUUCCUCUGAAGUGUCUAAAGCUGUAGAUGAGCAUGAGUCCAUACUCACUAGAAAUGAAGAUUUGCAGGAAGUCCUUAAGGCAGAACUUGGACCGGUUUUGUUUAGCACCAAUGAAACAGCUAUGAUUACCUCACCAGCUAGACAUCCCCAAACUCCAGAGAGUGUUUCUUCUAGUAAGCAUACUGAGGAAGCAAAUAGUUCAGAGGAUGGAGAUGAAGAGGAGACUGAGGUGUCUAAUGAAAUGGCUCAAAUAUCACAUGCACCUGUGUCUGCCUGGGAAGAAAAUGAAACAGUGAUACCAGAAGAGAGAGCUGUAGUCUCUGAGCUAGAGUUGGAGUCUGAGGACAUUGCUGAAAACAGCACACAAGAAUUUAUGAUAGAUGUUGAUCAUGCAGAAUUACAGAUGCAUGGGGAAAACACUAACAAACCUGCCUCACUAUUACUCCAAGAAAUACCACAUUUGUCUGCAGAUUCCUUUAGUCCAGCUGAAGAUGACAGUGAAAUUCUAACAUGGGCAGAUGUAAAGGAAGAUGUUAUACAUUUUGUUGAAGAAGAAUCACUGAAGAGUGUACCAGAAGUAGAGAGAGCGUCUAUGAAAGGAACUGAAGAAGUGGAAGAAAAAAUGGAAGUAGAACAAGCUGAAUGGCCUGGCAUUGAAGCACUGGAAGGUCAUGAGCUUGAUAUUAAAGUGCAAGAAGUGGAGAAUGAAAUGGAACAAGAGAAAAAAGUAGAGCAGAGCAAGGAAGAGGAAUUGACUAAUGGUGAGGAGGAAAGGAUAAUAGAGGAAGAGAUUGGAGAAAACCUUGGGGAACAAAAAGCAGAGUUAAUGAUAAAUACAUAUGAAAAAGGUAAUUUAGUAGGUGAAAAAGCUGAGUUAGUGAUGGAUACAUAUGAAAAAGAUAAUCUGGUAGGUGAAAAAGAUAAGGCAGUGAUGGAUACAUUUGACAAAGAUCAGGUAGUUGAACAUAAUGCAGAAGAGGAGCAGGGACAGAGUGAUGAAGAUGAGUCAUUAAACAUUUCUGCAUCAUGGAGAACUGACCCUGGUGAAGCAGACAGCUAUGCUCAGGAGAACACACUAGCAGACACUCGUCCCCUCAUACACUACAAGUGUGAUGAAGAGACAGAUGCCAAGAUCCCAAUCUCUCAUCUGGGUGUGAGUGAACCUACUGACAGUGAGGAAGAGAGGGAGAAACAUGAGGGGGCCAGCCACUGGAGCCAGAUAAUCGCCAAACGCUUUGACACCAUGGAGGAUCUAUCUGAGGAGCCAGAGCUAGGCAGUAUAGAUGACAUAGUCACAGAUGGAUUAGUUCAAACUGUGUUAAGAGAGAGCAUGGAUGUGGAGUCCGCUGUUCAAUAUGAAAGUGGUGACCUUGACUGCCAUGUCAAAGCACUAAUGCGAGAUAUUUUGGUAGAUCAAUCAGAAAGUGACUUCAGGAACAAUAGUAAUGAGAACAGUCAGGGUGAGGAGGAGACAAAGAUUGAGAACUACCAUCUGUCAACAUUCUUGGUUGAGAAACAGGAAGAGAGCUCACAGUUACAUGACUGGAGUGCAAGUUUAUACAAUGAAACCAGGGAGAUGAAUGAGCAGCAGACUCUUGUGACCAUGCAGGCCAAUAUCAGUGAAGAUGACAUAACAGAAUGCAGGCCCAAUACAGAAAACGGGAAUAUAGAAUCUAUAGAAAUCAAUUCAGAGGGUGAAAGUGAAGACAAGAAGUAUUUUGACACCCCAUUGCCUGAACCAUCCCAAGAACAAGACCUUGCAGAAGAACCUUGUGAAGAGGUGUCAACAGAGAUCACGCAUUCUGACGUGCUUCUAUUCAAAACUGCUAUUACCAAAGAACAAGCCUGCCCAAAAGAAGAGGAAGAUGUUCAGUCGAACCUGUCAAUGCUCACUCAUGCAGUUUUCACAGAUGAAUUUUCUCUACACAGUCAUCCAGAAAGCCAGACCAACACUAACGACUCAGAUCUGGAGGAGCCCAAUAAUUCUGAGGAUGAAUCUCCAAAUGUGAGCCAGUGUUCUCAGCUGCUUACCCAGACUGAGAUGCGGACCCAGCGGCUAGACUGGGCAAGUGCGCCUACUACGGAUGUAGUCUCAAACACUGAUCCAUCAUUCACAGGCCUUCUCUCAUGUUUGUUGAAAGAGGAUAGAUCUGAAAGUUAUGAUGUUCCUCAAGCAGAGGAAUUGGAGAACAAAGAGGAACAGCAAUAUGCAGUGGACAGUAAUAGUGGUGGAAUGGGUGAAAAUGCUGACAGCCUUCCACAAGAAUGGUACAAUUUGGGCCAGGAAAUUACAAGUGUAUCCCAUAGCAUCCUUAGCACUACAGAAGAAUUUGGUGAUGUAGAAAUGGAGAACAAAAAAGACAACAUGGAUAUUGUCGAAAGAGAUGCUCUAAAAGAAGAAUGUCAGACUAAUGAAAAAGAAAAUGACCUUCAUAGCUUCUUUAGUUCAAGCUUACAGGAGGACAUUUGGAGUACAUCAAAAUUUGAGAUGGCUGCUACAUAUGACCCAAAUGACCAAACGGAGACUGAGAGGUACUCAUAUGACAGAAUUAAUCCAAUCCAGACCAUGGCCUUUGGGGAGGACUGGGGAAAUCUUACCAUCAACCAACAGCAAACCACCAACUGCCAACCACCAACCAACAGCAAACCCGACAAAGACAUGGACACCUUUAUACCUCAAUCAGUGGAGGAGGAAGGGGAAGAACAGAAGAUGUCACAGGCCAAACAGUUACAGUGUAAAGAUGUGAAAGAUGGAGAUGAAACUGUCCAUGCAGAGGAUUCCACUGAUGAAGGUGACUCCUGGUCUUCUGGUGAAGAGUAAAUUCGUUCUACAAGCAUUAUUCAUCUCACAAAUGUUCAACAACAUUACAUUUAUUAAUGUACUGCAGUAGUGCAAAAUGGAAAGGGGAAAAGUGGGGUAAAACAGUGAGAAGUAUAACUAUUGCUUAUCUGUGCCUUGGAAAUAAAGAAAGUCUUGUCUUGAUUGAUAAAUAUUAGUGCAUCGCAUACCUAAUUGAUCUGUGUAAUGAUGCUGUUCUCAUUGACUUUGGCAUUGAUAUAUCUACCUUUUUUUUUAUUAUUAUUGUUUUUAGGUGAAACAAAUACAGAUGGGAUUUUUGAACAAUAUAUCAUAAUAAACAAUAUUUGAGUUGCCUCUGUGUUUCUGAUUGCUUAAUCAAAUUACUUACAUGUAUCAAAUGAAAACAUACCCUGGAAACAUCAAGAAAAAACCCCCACCUCUAAGAUAUUUCAUUGA